AUGUCGAAUCUUAUACGACGGAUCACCACGACAGCAUCGUCGUCGCCAGUGUUCCGUCGAGCCGCCGGUGACUAUGUUCUAAAAUGUCUCAAGGGUUUGGGUGUAGCGCUAAAAGCUUAUAUUGUGGAAAAAACGCCGGCAAAUCUCGGUGAAGUUUCGUAUAAAUUGGACAAACUCUGGCAGAAUUUGUUCAAUUCUGACAAGGAGAUUCCGAAAGCGAAAAAGUGUGAGCUCGCCGAGGAAUUCCUCAUUCAACCCGAACUUUUGAACAAUUUGCUUUAUGUGUUCCGAAUGGUUCGAUUAAGCGACAAAGCAAAAAUACGCGAUUUGUUUCGAUUCACGCAACUCUGGACGUCGAACGAAUCUGCCGAAAGCUCGAUGCCGCGAGUGAAAGCGGCCCGCUUCACGACUUGCGCACGAUUCGGCCAACAGCUUUUCGUUGUGCGGAAUGAGUUCUUCGAAAUUAUCAAUGAAGGCUAUGAUGAGACGGGAAGCGCCGGCAUCUAUCACGAUCUCAUUGAAAUUUUCGUCGGCGACGACAAAUGCCUCUCGACAAUUUUUGCCGACACCGGGCACAACGCGAAAGGCGACAAAGUUCGCGAAGACGGUUGUUUUUGGUCGAUUUUCGAUCGACUACUCAUCAGUUCAUCGGAAAUGGAGCAACACGAUGUUCUGUUUCAUACAGUUAAGACUUUGGAAAUGAUAUUGGAAUGCUCGCAUGUGACCGUCAGAAUGUUCUUAAGAGCCAACUGGGAUCGUUUUCAAUGUGCUAUGAAUAAGCUUAUGCUUUCGACUAAUUUUUUCAUUCAGCGUAAAUCACUGGAUAUCAUGUACAACAUUUUCAUCAACGCUCACUACUCGGAGCUUCGUGAACGCUGGAUGUGGGACAUGGAGAAUUUCCGUCGAAUUGUUCGAAUCCUUCAAAAUUGUCGUCGAGACGUCCGACUGGCGGCGUCGAAAAUUUUCGCGAUAUUUCUCGAACAUCCGAAUGCGCAUCCCGAAGUUGGCAAUUUUGUUGGGAAGAAUAUUUAUCGUUUAAUUGAGCAUCAUCUGGGAAUGGUGCAAUUGCACGGUUAUGAUGGCUCUCAGGAAGAUGUUGAUGACGCUUACUGUGCGAGAGUUAUACACAAAAUCGCAAUGAAGCGUUACCAACGACCAUUGACAAAAGAGGAAAUGGAUUCGUACGAAGAGGAGCAAGAAGCGUUUGAAAAAAUCGAAGAUCGUGAGUAA